AUGUGGGAUGAAGGGUUUUCCCCCCGCCCCCCGAGGGAUAUCGUUUUCUUCUUCCAACAGAUGUAUUACGGAAAAUUUUCCUCCCAUUUUCGGCGACACGUGGGGCUCUCCAUAAGCGCUUGGCCCAUUCAGAGAAGCUCUGAGGAACACGGGUCAGAAAUGGUCGUUGGCCAUCAUCGGUCGACCCACGAUGCACCACCGCCUUUGCUGGCAGAGAGACAUGAUACAUCCCACGCUCGGAACGAGAGAGCGGAUCAGUUACCUAAGACUCCCGCCCAACCGUACUUCCGCAUAUGGCCUCAUCGUUCGGCGGUAGUGGCCAGACCGUACCUAUUAGUCAACGUUGACGACGGGACGGGACUACACAGUACUUCUCCGUCUAUAAUCGGGGGACGGGACGGCUGAUCGGGUGGGGUGCCAACCCCCCUUCCUACACUACCUUCGCCCAUACGAUGUAGUCCUCGAGCAGAUGGAUCCAAAACUCAAGCACUGAGGUCGCUGCUGACUCACGCACCCUACGGCACGAGUCUGUCCGCCGCGCCCUGCAGAGCGCCUCAUGUCAAUCCGGUUGCCCGCCUAGCAACAGCCUUGCACCAUGCAGACCGACACACGACGACACACGCAUCACUCGGGACGAUUCGUCCCAGGUCGCUGACCAUCACGGCGGCCAAAAAGGAGCUUACCAACCCUUCCGCACCACCGACCCAACAACCCCCAUGAUGAGUAAUUGAUGGUAAUGCCGUUCCGGAAUUCAUAAUCCUUACUUUGGGCUGAAACAAAAACACAAUCUCUGGGCUGUAUUGCGCCAACCUACUUCCGGUCAGACAUUCGUCGUUGGCUUCGAGGCUUGUUGCGUGCUCUGCUAACAGAACACACUAGCCUCUCGGGGGCGUGCCAUGACAUCUACCAUAACCACCAUCGUCUUCAAUGCACUACACCACACCGCGCCCAGCCAGUCCCAGGGAGUGGGUCAGGCGGCCUGGCCAAGCUGUUGUUUUCUUGCAUUGUCACGAGUAGACCACGUAACCUAGACCAGAAACUCACUCCGUCAGCCAGGCUCAACAGGUUUCAGUCUUCUUGAGCAGCAAGGUCACCAUCACUUCAGUCCAUGGUACUUCGAGGCUCGCAUGUUCCUCUACCUCGUCUACCUUUACCCCAACUUCGCCAGACAGCCAGCCACCGGCCACACCCGCACGUCUGC